UCUUCCUGUGAGGUUUGAGCUCAGCCUCUACUGACAGGAAGUGACAACAAGUGAGUCCUGCAGCUUUGAGAAGAGUGUGAAGAAACAAACAUGCCAGUUUGAUCUGGCUGAUCUGUGGUCAGAGUGUCACCGCCUCACAGGAAACAAGACGAGUCCUCACAGAGACACAAUCAGAGUGCAUGAUGGGAAUGAAGACGCUGCUGCUCGUCUCUCUGCUCGCUGUUCUGGAGCUGACGCUGGCGGCGGGCAGCCAUCAUGGCCGCUCCAUGCCCGGCUCUCCGGUCAACAUCAGCAGGACGGACCGCGGCCUCCUGCAGGUCGUCCUCAGCGCCGCCCGCUCCUUCAACAACCAAUCAAACGACGCCUUCCUCUUCAAACCCUCGGCCAUCCACAGAGCACAGCGACAGGUUGUUAAGGGGGUUCGGUACAUCGUAGAUCUGGAGAUCUCUAGAACCGUCUGCCGUAAACGAGACAACAACAACAAUCUGUCCAACUGUGACUUUCAGCCUGAAGGUCGUCUGCACCAGACGUUUCAGUGUCACACAGAGGUCUGGGUGAUGCCCUGGCAGAACGAGACCAGGACUCUGGUGUUCCAGUGUAAACCUUGAAACCACCAGCCGCCACGGACCUUCAUCCUCCUCACCUGUGAUGGUCUUCAUCAUCCUCCUCCUCACCUGUGAUGGUGUCGGUUACAUCCACCUGUCUGACCUGCUGCUCCUCACCCCCUAAUCUGUAAAACUAACCCUUCCACACAGAAUAAAGUCUGCAUUUACUGAAACCC